AUGCCAGCCAAGACUUUUUCAAAACGACCUGCUCCCAUUGAGACGAAAUCAAGUUCAAAAGAAUUGUACAAUGGCCCCAGGACACGCUCAAGGGAUUCUGUGGCAAAGCAGAUAUCGAUUCCCGAGACAAUAACUGCCUUGGACAAUUACCCACCGUUUUUGCGCAUUCCAUCUGAGAUACGGCGCGAGAUCCUCAGAUAUGUUCUCCCUUCAUCAAACAAGAAAUUUCGCUUCUACACCGACUGCGAAACGACCGUCAUCAGCAAGAAAUGGAAUCACCAAUGUCGCCCGCAUCCCGACGACCUAAGCCUGGACAUCCUCCGGACCAACCGGCUAAUUUACCACGAGUGCCUUUCCAUCAUGUAUUCCGAGAACCUCUUCCACUUCUACGGAUUCACUUACCUCCCGGUGCUGGACUUCAUACGGCACCUGAGCCCGGAGGCUAAACGGCAAGUCCGGAAGAUUCGGCUCACGCUCCUAUCGGACAAUCCGGACGACCAGCCCAAUCACGACGCAUUCUGCACGGUUGUGCAUGAUUUCCUGCCAGGGUUGACGAAUCUCCAGGCCGAUCCUAUGGUGUUCUUCUGA